AUGCUGAUAGAUAGUGGUGAUGAGACCGCUACAGAACAGAAACAGCUAGCUCAAGGUGCAAGUGUGAUUGAGACUAGACAAGAGGAUGUGCAGAGUUCAGAGCAGAUGGGUCACCAGGAGAGGGAGAUUUCCAUUCUACAGUUUCGUAGCGAAGUAGAAAAUUGGAUUACUCGCAUGGAGAAUGUCCUGGCGGAUCACCUUGAAAGUGUGUCUUCUAGGGAGUUCAAGUCAUCAAAAAGUUUCAAGUCAUCGAGACAUUCCAGGAGUUCAACCAGGUCAGCAUAUACAAAGGAGCGUGCAAGGUUGGCUGAACUUUUAGUUGAAAAGUCUUUUCUUGAAGAGUCUAAGAAAUUGCAAUCUUUGAAGUUAGACAUUAAAAUUGCUAAAUCUCAGGCACCUCAUAGACAGAUGGCAACAGCUAUGUUGUCACCUCAGCCUAAGGUGCCAAAGUUUAAAGGUGACCCUACAGAAUAUGGUGCAUUUAUCAUGUCUUUUGAUGCCCGUAUAGUUCCUCAUGCUAGCAGCUCUAUAGAUCGACUCUACUACCUGGAACAGCAGCUUGAGGGAGAACCAAAGGACUUGAUUGCUGGAUGUCUCUACAUUGAUCCAGAGGAAGGCUACACUAAGGCCAGGGACCUGUUGAGUAGUGAAGCACAACUUCAUAGCAACAGGCCUGUUGACUUUGAAAAUCUUGUGCAUUUCAUUGAGUUUGCUUCUAGAUCUGCUAAUGAGCCUGUGUUUGGAAAGGAAGCUAUAUCCAAGAGCCAAGUUCACUGGGGAUCCAAACAAGGCAAGAGUUCAAAGAAAGAUGGAGCCAAGUCAAGUAGUUUCGUGACUGGUGUAGACAGUUCGAACCACAAGCAGGAUAAAUACCGAAGUGUUUCGUGCUACUUCUGCAGAGGACCUCAUGACAUUGAAUCCUGCAAACAGUUUGGUCAGAAAUCUCUCAGUGAACGGAGGACAUAUCUUCAAGAGAAAAAAAUGUGCUUUGGAUGUUUUGGAUUCAAUCACAUGGUAAAGGGCUGUAUGAAGAAACGAAGCUGUAAGAAGUGUGGAAAGUGUCAUCCAACAAUACUGCAUGAUGAGAACUUCCGUUCUGCAAGUAAGAACGUAGAUCAGAAGUCUUCUGAAGCUUUUGAUUCUCUUGUAUCUCCAGAUCAAGAGAAGUCUGUGUCAUCUUCAUGCAACAACAUUGAACCUGUUAUUUCAGAUACUGUGCUCCAAGCUAUUCUUCCAGUUCUGAUUCAACAAAAGGGAAGUGACAAGCUGGUGAAGAUCUAUGCACUACUUGACAACGGGAGUACUGGCUGCUUUAUAACGGAGGAUCUUAGACAGCGACUUGAGACUACAUCUACAGAAUCUUCACUGAAACUUCGGACUAUGCACGGACUUCAUGUUGUGAGUACGCACGUUGUGGAAGGUCUUGUUGUGUCAGAUCUCAGUGGUGAUAAUGCAGUGACGCUUCCAAGAACUUUCACUCGAGAGGAGAUACCUGUAAGUCAUAGUCAGAUUCCCAAUCCUGACAUUCUGAAGAAAUGGCCUCAUCUGUGUGCUAUGGCUGACAAGUUGCCCAAAUACCUACCUAAUCUGGAUAUUGGUCUUCUUAUUGGGAGUAACUGUCCUCUUGCACUUCAACCUCAGCAAGUGAUUCCAUCUCAAGGUGAAGGUCCUUUCGCCGUACUCUACAGACAUGGAUGGACUGUCAGUGGGCCGCUUUAUAUCAAGUUCAACCCAGUUGAUAAUACGCUCACAUGCAAUCGUGUGCUCUUCCAAGAAUUCACCUCGGCAAAAGAAUGUCUCACUGAUGUGAUACUGAAUAUGUUUGAAAUGGAUUUUAAUCCCAAGGACACUGGAAUAUUACCUGGUGAACGUGGUUUCUCUAGAGAGGAUGAUCAGUUUAUCGACAUGGCAAAUAAAGGCAUCGCGGAAGUUAACGGCCACUUUGAAUUGCCAUUACCUCUCAGGGAUCCAGACAUUGAUUUUUCCAACAACAGAGAACAAGCCGAGAAGAGAGCAAUGUGGCAAAGGAAGAAAAUGCUACAUGAUGAUGAGUAUCAUGAACAUUAUACUGCCUUAUACCGUCUGCUUUCCAAUGGAUAUGCCUACAAGGUCCCAAGUGAUGAGCUAGCACCUGUACCAGGAAAGGUUUGGUAUCUGCCACACCAUGGUGUAUACCAUCCGAAGAAGCCUUCAAAAAUCCGCGUAGUAUUUGACUGCAAAGCAAAGUUUGAAGGGUUUUCUUUAAAUGACAGACUCUUGCAAGGACCUGAUCUCACGAACUCCCUGAUAGGUGUUCUUACCAAAUUCAGAAAUGAACCAGUUGCCUUCAUGGCUGAUAUUGAAGCCAUAUUUUUUACAAGUUCGUGUUCCUCCUCAACAACAUGAUCUGUUACGCUUUCUGUGGUGGCCAAAUGGUGACUUGAACUCGGAGCUACAUGAGUAUAGGAUGGCUGUUCACAUUUUUGGAGCAGUUUCUUCCCCCAGCAUAUCCAACUUUGCUCUCAAAGCUGCUGCAAAGAAAGCUGAAGAGAAGUAUGGAAGCCUUGCUGCUGACACAAUCUGCAACAAUUUUUAUGUUGAUGAUUGUCUCAAAUCGGAAUGCACGGAAGAGGCUAGUCUGUCUUACAGACCCUGAUACAUUUAUAUCAACUACAGCCCAUGCAAGUCUAUAAUGUUUGGCAAGUCUAGAUUACUGCAGUAUCAGGGUCUGUACAAAUCUGCUGAAUUCACAAGCGAGCACAGAGCUUGUAAUUAUCAGUAAAUCUCUAGCUGUCAUUAGUGUUUAGUAUUAGCAUGUGGUGAGCCUCACCCCCCUCCACUCCCCAAGACCCCACACUGAGACAAGACCUCCCGCUCUGGCCCUGCCAACUCACUCUGGCCAGACAACAUGUGGGAUUAUAUUGGAGACUUAGUGACAUAUAUAAAAUCUAGUUUCUUUAUUUCUUUCAUUGUCACCCUGGUUCGGAAAGAUGAGGAUUUCUAAAGGUUUCUAAAGGUUUUUCACUGCUGUGUAAGAAUUGCUUUUUUUCUAUUCUGCUUGUAAGAAUGAAUAGGAACAUAACUGAGCUUAUUGCUUCAUCACUGAUGAAAGCAAAUAUACAGAGAAUACGUCCAAAUCAAAAGACAGUCAUUGAAAGGUACUUAGAUGGCAAAGAUGUGUUGUUUUGCUCUCCAACCGGGAGUGGAAAAUCAUUGACUUUUGAACUUUCUCCCUAUUUAUACAAGGCAGUAGAAAACACAAGCCAUGCUACUGUCAUUGUUGUGUCACCCUUGAUUGCUCUUAUGAAGAAGCAAACGGAGAAAUGUGUGUCAAUAGGACUCAAAGCUGUGUACAUGAAUGAUGUCGCACAGGAGGCAACACCGACAAAUGAUGACAGUCUGGUAUCAACCAUUGAGAAAUUGACCGUCGAUGACAUAAGGGAUGGAAAAGCAGACAUAAUAUUCACCAGUCCAGAAUCUAUUCUUGGACAUCAUCGGAACAUAGUUACUGAAUUGGAUAAAGAAAAACAUCUGAAGGCAGUUUUCAUAGAUGAAGCACAUUGUAUUUCCAAAUUUGGAAUGUCCAGUGACAAGAACACGGCUCCAUUUCGACCAGCUUAUGGGCAGCUUGGAGAGCUAA